AGCGAUAUUCCGCGAAGUCGACUAAACAAAACGAGAACUUUAUAUCAGCAAAUUCAACUUAACCCAUUGCCCAGGUUGGGUAGCAUCCCAAUCAGGCAUAAUGCCGAAUACGGGGCAGUUAAUUGGCCAGUGCUUGAAAUGCAACGACUGUCGCAAAGAUUUUAAAUCCGUUUGGUUGCCAACUAAUGUUUGUUGUCGAAUGGCGGUGUGGAGCAAUCCUGGAUUGAUGAAGCAAGCGCCGUAUUCCAGGUAUAUUUCUAAUGACCUCAAGGAAGCGGUGACGAAAACUGCAACCAACGCGCGCACAGAGAAUACAUCCAACAAGUCCACUGACGCGCGUGAUUCCAGGAGAAAAACCGAUUUUCCAGUCCAGUCUCUGGCUGAACCGUGGAUGAGGCAAGUAAACGCAUUAGCGCCUUUCAGUACCCUGGGAAAGUAUACAUGUGGCUAUUACUUUUCCCGAGAUACCGACAACAAGAAGCGUAAAACAGGGAUCCCACCUUCGGAUUUAGUAGCUUGGCGUUCGCACAUUUCAUAACCGACUGAAGAGGAAGGCGAUAUUAAUGUACGUAACUACAGAGGAUGCAGUUGUCAAGUUUUGUUUGAGACACAAACGUAUUCACAAAGUCACAGUUAAAUCUUGUGAGUCUAAGAAACACCGUAAAUUGUUAGAACUAACGAACGUUAAGUUAAGGAUAACAUUUCGGUGUGUGAUUUAAUGCUAAACCCAGUGUAUCUAUAAAUCGUGACUGGACUUUUCGCUGGUAAUCAGUAUGACCAGUAUCACUUCAGGUUCACUUAGGUUUUCAAUCAGGGUGCUAAUUAGAAACACAACUAAUGUAGUUGCGCACAUAUGUGUUUGUCUGUUAAUGCGAUUUUGUAAAGCUGAGUGGGUGUAAAACGGAAACUCGGUAUUGUCAUUAUUGUGAAAAGAAGCAUGAAAAUCAGUGGAAGUAAAAGCAGAUAAAC